GCUCAUUCUCUCUGUUACAUUUCGUCCAAACUUUGGCCAUCCGACAUCCAACUCUCCGCAGCCCGUCGUAUCUCCGGCUUACCAGAAGAUCCGAAGGAUGUCGCGUGCAUGACAACGGUACGGUGGGAUGCUUAUUGUUCCCUCCUUUGGGUCAAAGGGCUGGGAGGGGUGUGGUGUGUGCCCGCGACCGCCUUUCGAACAAGGGACCCGGCGUUGUGGCGGCCGCCAUCAAACGGGAUGCCCUCCUGCUGCCCUGCUCUCCCCACCUGUGUUCCCAUCGUUUUGGCAUGGCAGCUAUCCCACCUGCGGCCUUGGCUUUGGCUUGUACGAUGUAGUUUUUUCUUUUCUUUUCUUUUUUCCCCCCCUCCUGCUGGUAUUCUUGGUAUACGAAGCAGGCGUUGCAGGCUGCAGGGUGCGACCAGUUCAAUUUCAAUAUUGCCAGGAAGGGGCUCGAGCUUUUCAGCCCUUUCCCACGUACUAUGUAGUUUUUUAGAGUUUUUCGUUCCCUUUCAUUGUCAUUUUAUUUUAUGCUAUUCUCUUGGUGUUGGGCCUCCACCUAUCGACCGGGCAAGGAGGUUUCCAUUUUACGAUAUACGGGACAUGACGCACGUGGUAGAUUGUAAUCUUACUGCUUAAGGCAGCAGCCUGAUGUGUUCCAUUGUGGCAGUGGAAGAUAGUAGUAGCGCUGUGUCCCGGCAGUGCGACGAGCACCAAGUGUAGCCAAACCAGGAAGGGGGGGGAAUAAAAAAGAUGCGUUUCUUUGCGACGCUAGUGAAAGGGUAUAUUUUCCAGAAUGGCCA